CAUAUCGUGCUUUACAACUCAUAUCACCUCUGGUCAGACAGACGGUGCUCACAAGCACCUUGGAACUCUGUCAGUAACAGGUGAGACAGACAGCAUCUAUUGACUUGUUGCCUUAUAGGAUAGACCUACACAGAUUAAGGAUUUACUAUACAGAAUAAGAAUUGAUACCGAAUGGAAUUUGAAAAACAAAAUGAAGUUUGGAUUGAUUCAGAUUAUGAGGAAGAGGAAACAGGUGAUUCCUCUGAUCGGCUGCAUGGUAUUGUCUACUGCUGGAGCCAUCUUUGCCUCCCUCUACUUCCUAUUUACAAAGAAUGAUGUCAUUUUAAAUAAAAGUAGAAACCCUGAACCCUGGGAGGGAGUGGACUCAUCUAAACCACAGAAGCUGGUCACUAUCAACCAGAAGCAGAGGCCGAUUGAAGAACUGGAACAGGUGAAGAGCAUGACCAAGUGACCUCGCAAGUGCGGGCUCUCUUUCGCUCUCUCUCGCUCUCUCUCUCUCCACCCUCUCCCUUUCCCCUCCCCCUCCAUCCUAAUUGGGAGCCCACCAAGUUGCCUGCCUCCCCUUCCAUCAGUCGAGCGGAAUAAUUUCUACACAGACUAGAUUCUCUGAUCCUGCAGUACAUUUGUACUCCACUAUAGCUGACUAUAAGUGUGACCAAAGCUAUUUGUUUGUGAAACAUAAUGUAUGUGUGAGGGUGAAAUAAGUUAUUGCAAUUGAAAAUGGGCAUGGCUCGUGUUAUUAAUGAUUAAUGAGGAGUGUGUGCCUGUGUGAUCCAAUCUAAAGCAAUGGCUGUAGGAUGACAAUGCCACCAUCAGAAAAAUUGCUUUAAUAAAAAAAAGGUGGUCCUUCCAGCUAAAUAUAUUGUACUAUAAUAAUGCACUGAUAGUUCCUUCAGAAAGUAUUCAUACCCCUUGACUUAAGCAACAUUUUGUUGUGUUACAGCCUGAAUUAAAAUGUAAAUUAAUAACUUCCCCAUGCCCAAACGGAUAUUCAAUAUCUGCUUUUUAUAAUUUUUACCUCUCUACCAAUAGGUGUCCUUAUUUGCGAGGCAUUGGAAAACCUACCUGGUAUUUGUGGUUGUAUCUGUUUUUGAAAUUCAGUGCUCGGGACCUUACAGAUAAUUGUAUGUGUAGGGUACAGAAAAUCAUGUUUAACACUAUUAUUGCACACAGAGUGAGUCCAUGCAACUUAUUAUGUGAAUUGUUUAGCAAAUUUCAGCUUUUCAUGUUUUAUUCAUUUGUAAAAAUUUCAUGCAACAAAAUUCCACUUUAAAAUGAAAUGUGUGUAGGCCAGUGACAAAAAAUACACUGCUCAAAAAAAUAAAGGGAACACUUAAACAACACAAUGUAACUCCAAGUCAAUCACACUUCUGUGAAAUCAAACUGUCCACUUAGGAAGCAACACUGAUUGAAAAUAAAUUUCACAUGCUGUUGUGCAAAUGGAAUAGACAAAAGGUGGAAAUUAUAGGCAAUUAGCAAGACACCCCCCAAAACAGGAGUGAUUCUGCAGGUGGUGACCACAGACCACUUCUCAGUUCCUAUGCUUCCUGGCUGAUGUUUUGGUCACUUUUGAAUGCUGGCGGUGCUCUCACUCUAGUGGUAGCAUGAGACGGAGUCUACAACCCACACAAGUGGCUCAGGUAGUGCAGUUCAUCCAGGAUGGCACAUCAAUGCGAACUGUGGCAAAAAGGUUUGCUGUGUCUGUCAGCGUAGUGUCCAGAGCAUGCAGGCGCUACCAGGAGACAGGCCAGUACAUCAGGAGACGUGGAGGAGGCCGUAGGAGGGCAACAACCCAGCAGCAGGACCGCUACCUCCGCCUUUGUGCAAGGAGGAGCAGGAGGAGCACUGCCAGAGCCCUGCAAAAUGACCUCCAGCAGGCCACAAAUGUGCAUGUGUCAGCAUAUGGUCUCACAAGGGGUCUGAGGAUCUCAUCUCGGUACCUAUUGGCAGUCAGGCUACCUCUGGCGAGCACAUGGAGGGCUGUGCGGCCCCACAAAGAAAUGCCACCCCACACCAUGACUGACCCACCGCCAAACCGGUCAUGCUGGAGGAUGUUGCAGGCAGCAGAACGUUCUCCACGGCGUCUCCAGACUUUGUCACGUCUGUCACAUGUGCUCAUGUGCUCAGUGUGAACCUGCUUUCAUCUGUGAAGAGCACAGGGCGCCAGUGGUGAAUUUGCCAAUCUUGGUGUUCUCUGGCAAAUGCCAAACGCCCUGCACGGUGUUGGGCUGUAAGCACAACCCCCACCUGUGGAUGUCGGGCCCUCAUACCACCCUCAUGGAGUCUGUUUCUGACCGUUUGAGCAGACACAUGCACAUUUGUGGCCUGCUGGAGGUCAUUUUGCAGGGCUCUGGCAGUGAACCUCCUUGCACAAAGGCGGAGGUAGCGGUCCUGCUGCUGGGUUGUUGCUCUCCUACGGCCUCCUCCACGUCUCCUGAUGUACUGGCCUGUCUCCUGGUAGCGCCUCCAUGCUCUGGACACUACGCUGACAGACACAGCAAACCUUUUUGCCACAGCUCGCAUUGAUGUGCCAUCCUGGAUGAGCUGCACUACCUGAGCCACUUGUGUGGGUUGUAGACUCUGUCUCAUGCUACCACUAGAGUGAGAGCACUGCCAGCAUUCAAAAGUGACCAAAACAUCAGCCAGGAAGCAUAGGAACUGAGAAGUGGUGUGUGGUCACCACCUGCAGAACCAUUCCCUUUUUGGGGGUGUCUUACUAAUUGCCUAUAAUUUCCACCUUUUGUCUAUUCCAUUUGCACAACAGCAUGUGAAAUUUAUUGUCAAUCAGUGUUGCUUCCUAAGUGGACAGUUUGAUUUCACAGAAGUGUGAUUGACUUGGAGUUACAUUGUGUUGUUUAAGAGUUCCCUUUAUUUUUUUGAGCAGUGUAUAUACAUUUUAUAAAUAAAUUCAGCCACAACAAAAUGUGGAGAAAGUCAAGGGGUGGGAAUACUUUCUGAAGGCACUGUAUUAUCUUAUUAUAAAAUAAUUGUUUAAGGAAAACAACCAUGACCACUGAUCUGACCUAUGACCCCUAAAAUGCCGAUACUGCACUCUGCCUUUGUAUGACCUUCAACAACUAAACGCAUCAAAAAAAGAAACGUCCUCUCACUAUUCAACUGCGUUUAUUUUCAGCAAACUUAACAUGUGUAAAUAUUUGUAUGAAAAUAACAAGAUUCAACAACUGAGACAUAAACUGAACAAGUUCCACAGACAUGUGAACAGAAAUUGAACAAUGUCUCCCUGAACAAAGGGGGGGUCAAAAUCAAAAUUAACAGUCAGUAUCUGGUGUGGCCACCAGCUGCAUUAAGUACUGCAGUGCUUCUCCUCCUCAUGGACUGCACCAGAUUUGCCAGUUCUUGCUGUGAGAUGUUACCCCACUCUUCCACCAAGGCACCUGCAAGUUCCCAGACAUUUCUGGGGGGAAUGGCCCUAGCUCUCACCCUCCGAUCCAACAGGUCCCAGACGUGCUCAAUGGGAUUGAGAUCCAGGCUCUUCGCUGGCCAUGGCAGAACACUAACAUUCCUGUCUUGAAGGAAAUCACGCACAGAACGAGCAGUAUGGCUGGUGGAAUUGUCAUGCUGGAGGGUCAUGUCAGGAUGAGCCUGCAGGAAGGGUACCACAUGAGGGAGGACGAUGUCUUUCCUGUAGCACACAGCGUUAAGAUUGCCUGCAAUGACAACAAGCUCAGUCCGAUGAUGCUGUGACACACCGCCCCAGACCAUGAUGGACCCUCCACCUCCAAAUCGAUCCAGCUCCAGAGUACAGGCCUCGGUGCAACGCUCAUUCCUUUGACGAUAAACGCGAAUCCGACCGUCACCCCUGGUGAGACAAAACCUCGACUCGUCAGUGGAGAGCACUUUUUGCCAGUUCUGUCUGGUCUAGCGAUGGUGGGUUUGUGCCCAUAGGCGACGUUGUUGCCGGUGAUGUCUGGUGAGGACCUGCCUUACAACAGGCCUACAAGCCCUCAGUCCAGCCUCUCUCAGCCUAUUGUGGACAGUCUGAGCAAUGAUGGAGGGAUUGUUCGUUCCUGGUGUAACUCGGGCAGUUGUUGUUGCCAUCCUGUACCUGUCCUGCAGGUGUGAUGUUCAGAUGUACAAUCCUGUGCAGGUGUUGUUACAAGUGGUCUGCCAUUGCGAGGACGAUCAGCUGUCCGUCCUGUCUCCCUGUAGCACUGUCUUAGGCUUUUCACAGUACGGACAUUGCAAUUUAUUGCCCUGGGAAGAUGAGCAGGGACCCUGGGCAUCUUUCUUUUGUUUUUUUUCAGAGUCAGUAGAAAGGCCUCUUUAGUGCCCUAAGUUUUCAUAACUGUGACCUUAAUUGCCUACCGUCUAUAAGCAGUUAGUGUCUUAACAACCGUUCCACAGGUGCAUGCUCAUUAAUUGUUUAUGGUUCAUUGAAAAAGCAUGGGAAACAGUGUUUAAACCCUUUAAAAUGAAGGUCUUUGAAGUUAUUUUGGAUUUUUACGAAUUAUCUUUGAAAGACAGGGUCCUGAAAAGGGGACGUUUCUUUAUUUUCUGAGUUUAUAUUGGUAAUGCAAAAGCAAAGUGCACUAUCUAAAAAUCGAAAUUUGUUAAUCCAAUUUUCUUGGCUUUCUCAUAGUGUGUGUGUGUAAGGGCGUCAUGAUUGGGAUAGCCUGAACUCAGGGCCCGAUAGAAUAUCAAGGCAAAUCACAGUAACUUCAGUGAAAACAUGGUGGAACAAAGCCAGAGUGCACUUAGUAACUUCAUUUACUGCUAUUUGCCUUGGUUUUUACUUUGAUUUUGUAGUUACAGCAAAUUUGACCCAAGAUAAACCGAUACUACAAAGCCUGAUUUCAGUUUUAACUCAAUUUUGACCAAAUGUGUAGUUACUGCUCUUUUCAAUUGUAAUGUUUUUUUGUCCAUUGUGUAUUUCCGUUUGCAGAAUGUUAAGAUAAAGCCUGGAAUAAAAGAAAAAGGGAUACCUAGCAUUAAAAAUAUUUAGCUUCUAUAUGUGGUAAAUGGCACAUGUGUACAGUAUAUAGAUUGUGUAUAGGCUUGUUUCCCAUAGUGGGUUCAAAUGCCUUCUGGUUCUUUUUUUCUGUAUUUCUUUAUAUGUUAUGUUAUGUUAUGUUAUGGUAUGUAUGUAUGUAUGUAUGUAUGUAUGUAUGCAUGUAUGUAUGUAUGUAUGUAUGUAUGUAUGUAUGUAUGUAUGUAUGUAUGUAUGUAUGUAUGUGUGUAUGUAUGUACAGUACAGUACCAGGCAAACGUUUGGACACACCUACUCAUUCAAGGGUUUUCUUUAUUUUUCUAUUUUCUACAUUGUUGAAUAAUAAUGAAGACAUCAACACUAUGAAAUAACACAUAUGGAAUCAUGUAGUAAUCAAAAAAGUGUUAAACAAAUCAAAAUAUAUUUUAGAUUUUAGAUUCUUCAAAGUAGCAACCCUUUGCCUUGAUGACAGAUUUGCACACUAUUGGCAUUCUCUCAACCAGCUUCACCUGGAAUUAUUUUCCAACAGUCUUGAAGGAGUUCCCACAUAUGCUGAGCACUUGGCUGCUUUUCCUUCACUCUGCAGUCCAACUCAAUUAGGUUGAGGUCGGUGAUGGUGGAUAAAAAAGUGGCCUUUUAUUGUCCCAGCACAACAUGCACCUGUGUAAUGAUCAUGCUAGUUUCAUCAGUUUCUUGAUAUGCCACACCUAUCAGGUGGAUGGAUUAUCUUAGCAAAGGAGAAAUGCUCACAAACAGGAAUGUAAAUAAAUUUAUACACAAA